CGCCCGCGCCGCGCCCUCGGGGCCGCACUUCCCGCGUUGCGAUGACGUGUAGGAGGGGGCGGGCUCCAGCGGCAGCGGCGCAAGAUGGCGGCCACCACGGGUGCGGGAGUAAAAGUUCCCCGUAAUUUUCGUCUGUUGGAAGAACUUGAAGAAGGUCAGAAGGGAGUAGGCGAUGGAACAGUUAGUUGGGGCCUUGAAGAUGACGAGGAUAUGACACUUACAAGAUGGACAGGAAUGAUUAUUGGGCCUCCAAGAACAAUUUAUGAAAACAGAAUAUACAGCCUUAAAAUAGAAUGUGGGCCUAAGUAUCCAGAAGCACCUCCAUUUGUAAGAUUUGUAACAAAAAUUAAUAUGAAUGGAGUAAAUAGUUCUAAUGGAGUGGUGGACCCCAGAGCCAUAUCAGUCCUAGCAAAAUGGCAGAAUUCUUAUAGUAUCAAAGUUGUUCUGCAAGAGCUUCGGCGUCUAAUGAUGUCUAAAGAAAAUAUGAAACUUCCUCAGCCACCUGAAGGACAAUGUUACAGCAAUUAAUUAAACAAACAAACAAACAUGCCCCCCCUUAUUCAAUUUAAGCUGUCUUCAUUUUCCACGGUAGUAAAUUUUCUAGAUGCAUCUUGUAGACCUCAAAAUACUGGAAAGGAAGUUCCCAUUCAAAGGAAGUUUUUUCUUGAGAUACUGUAAAUGAUACUAAUUUUUUUUUUUUCAUUUGAAAUAUAAGUUGUGCUAUAACAAAUAAUCCUGUUGUGUAACCACUGUCCACAUAACUGAACUUCUGGUAUCAGGAAAAGUCUAUUUAAAUUUAUUACUGUCAAGACCAGUGUGGCACAUCUAAUUUAACUGUGAAGGCAUACAUCCCACAAUCACCUUGCUGUGUGUCUGGCCUGAGUUGGUUUUGGUUUGUUUUGGUUUAUUUUAGUUUUGGUUUUUUUUUUUUUUCUUGUUUUCUGUCUUUUGCAAUGGAGUCAAAGCUCAGGGCUAUUUAUUAGAGUAUACACAAAGGUUUUUGCUUCCAGUACUACACUGGGCUUUACGGACUACUAAUGGGGAUGUGUGCUAACCUCAGUCAUCCCUCCCUUUGUGCUAGCUCUAGUAAAGGCUGAAUGUGACUGACUGUAGUAGUUUUUUGGUUUUUAGUAUUUUUUUUUAAUGCCCUGAUAACCUGGGGCAAGCUUUCCUUCUUCCCUUUGGCCAAGGCAUAGAUUGUAUUUCUCUUCCUGGUCCCCUUCACCGGUGACAUGGGCUUUGGGUGAGGGAUUCCAGGCCUCUUUUAAUCUCUUCCCCUCUUUUUAGUGGGGGUGCUGCUUUCUUUUUGCCCCUCUUUGUGACUCUUCUCACCCCUGGCCAGCACAGGGGUAGUACUGGGGCAGUGACUUGACCUGUUCCCUCCUGCUUAUCAUUCUGGUUUUGCAACAAAUUUAGUCUUCACCAGCCUGGGAAACAAGAGUAUCUAUUCUGCUCGCAAACUUGGAUUUUCCCUGUCCCUCCAGCACUGCUGCCACACCGCCAAGCUGGCCACGGCUGAUGUCCUUAGAUAGGCUUUGAAGUGGUGAAAAGAGCAGUGAUUUACCAGGAUGGCUGAAAUCCUCUGCUGCCAAAGUUUUAUGGGGAGACUCUGCACACAGAGAUUCUGAACACACACUCCAGCUCAAAUAGUUGCAUUUUGGUGCUUUGGAUUGACCCAAGAAUGUUAAUUAAUGAAAUGUUGCUAAUGAAAUGUUGCACUUACAUUUGGCCCUUGUAAAGAUGUGAUGACCACAGACAAAUCAGUGUAGAGGAUUUUAUUAGGGUUCUUUAAGUCACGGGAGAGAAAUCUCUUCAGUGAAGAUUCUGGGGAAGCAAUGCACACAGCAGAUAAAGACCUCUUUUGGCUUUGCAUCCUGGAAAAUCACUGCCUUUUCAGGUUUACUGUUUCAGACCACUAACUGCUGAAAUGUGGAUGCAAGCUUACAUACAACAAACUCAGCGUGUCCUAAGUUUUAUGGGGAAAAAAAAAAAUCAGUGUUUGUGUAAAAAAAAAAAGGGGAAAAAAAAGUAGGAAAAAAAAAGCAAAGAAAAAAGAAAAAUAAUUUAAAAAAAAGAGAAAAAGUGAAAACACAUUUUAAAGCAGCAGCUAUCAAGUCAAUGAACAAUUGAUGUUUCCAUUAACUCUUUGGAGGAAAAUAUUAGUUGUAAGGAUUUAACAUCCUCUGUAAUUAAAGUUUAACAGUAUUCCAUAAGCAGCCUUUUUAUUGUAUCAGACCAUUGCCUGAUUUUAAUAUAAUAAAAAGUGUGCAUUAAUA